UUCCUCAUCUCAUCACAUUCGUUCUGAGGCUUUUCCCUUUUUGCGUUCGCUUUAUUCGGCUCUUCACCUUCAACCGCUUCAGUUAUAGAUAUUUUAUAGAAAACAUGGCAAGAUUAUGUUUUUUUACUCAACUCUCACUUUUAUCUUUUGCAGCCUUUUUGCUGCCGUCUGACUCCGAUCUAAUUAAAGUUCCUCAAGGUCACAGAGCUGCAGGAGUCUUCAUGCUUAUGGAAGGAGGGAAAUACACCCUCAACUUCACUGCUGCCAGAGCUGCCUGUCUAUUUCUGAACGUCACCAUGGCGACCAGAGCCCAGAUGGAGCGAGCGGUACAGAGCGGACUGGAGAUGUGCAAAUUCGGCUGGGUGGCUGAACAGAUCGCAGUCGUCCCACGACUUACAGCUGACAAAAACUGUGGAAAGGGCAAAACCGGGGUGGUGCUGUGGUUCGCACCGGCACAUCAGAAGUUUGGUGUCUUCUGCUUCAAUGCAUCAGAUUUAGAAGAAACAUCAAACAGAUCAACAGCCAGCCCACAAAGCUCCACGCUGCCCGCCACACUGACAGCACUGACCCAAACCUCAACACCUGCUACACCUCCGCACAGACCAGAAACCGAGUCUCCAUCAAGGAAGCCGAUGACAACCAAACCCCCCGAGCAGACAUCUCUUUCAGCUUUUACUCUCCUCAUCAAAGCAACACAUUCAACUAGGACUUCCUCCUCCUCCACCACUCUGAAGCCUUUCUCCACCCAUAUUCCUACUUCUCUUUCUCACCUUAUCACCUCAAAACCCACUGUCGUCAGUUUAGCCUUUUCUACUUCUGCUCAUGCCUCCAGUUUCUCGGUUUCCUCUGAGUCAGUGACGCCACGGCUGACGAGCUCUACAAAACCUUCUCUGGGAGAUGUACCUACAGCACUCAUCAUUCUUGGCGUCAUCCUUCUGCUCCUGACAGCAGCAGGCGUCGUGUGGUACUACAAACUGAAUAUUUUCACCUUUUGGUGUCAGGGGCAGCAGAAGGACGACACAGAGACAGAGAUGUGGAAGCACACCGACAGUGAGAUGGACCUGCACAGUCAGCAUGAAGGAGAAGACGAAGAAGAAGAAUCAGACAGGAAGUACUCCAGUGAGAUCACGCUGUGUGUGAAUCCAGACACCAAAACAAACUCUUCAGAGUAGCUUUAUCAUAUUUCUGUGUGGGGGUUUUCUAAAGUGGGUUAAAUGAAUUACAGCCACAGUUUUUUACCUGAUAAAUUUCAGUAAAUGUUUUAAAUACAUGUC